AAGAUACCCAAAGAAACGCCUCUGCUAAUUCAUUAAGACCUACUCAAAUUAAUCAUAUAUCCUGCCAAAACCAUUGCCAAUCGCCGUUUAGUGUCACGCUUUGCUGUGCUUUGCAUGCUUUACAACGUGUUGCAGUUCCAAUGGGGUUCGAAAGGUAUCUUGCUAGUGUGUUGAUAGUGAUAAUGCUGUCUUUUAUCACUUCAUCACAGGGUUAUAAGUUCUAUGUUGGUGGUAGAGACGGUUGGGUUGUUAGUCCUUCUGAGAACUACAAUCAUUGGGCUGAAAGGAAUAGAUUCCAAGUCAAUGAUACUCUCUUUUUCAAGUACAAGAAAGGGUCAGACUCGGUGCUGUUGGUAACAAGAGAAGAUUACUUCUCAUGCAACACCAAGAACCCAAUUCAGUCUUUAACAGAAGGUGAUUCACUCUUUACAUUUGAUCGGUCGGGUCCCUUCUUUUUCAUCACCGGUAACGCUGAUAAUUGCAAGAAAGGGCAAAAGCUGAUCGUCGUGGUCAUGGCUGUAAGACACAAACCCCAGCAACAACCUCCUUCACCUUCUCCCUCAUCUGCUGUGACAACAGCGCCGGUUUCUCCACCAACAUUACCCAUUCCUGAGACUAACCCUCCUGUAGAGUCACCAAAGAGCAGUGAGGCUCCAUCUGAUGCUGUGGAACCAGCUCCGCCGGAGCACAGAUCGGGUUCAUUCAAACUAGUAUGUUCUACCUGGCUGGUGUUGGGUUUCGGCAUUUGGGUCAGCAUGGCCUUGGGGCUCGAAAAUGUAGUUUGUUUUUGGUGCUGAAUUAUUAAGGGGUUUGGUUAAAUGGAAGGGAAUCAGCUCAGCUUGUUAUAUUAUUUUGUUCUUUAUUGUUUUUCAUAAUUUCUUUCUUCAGUAAUAUAUAAACAGUGUGUGUGCCUUGCUUUCA